ACACAGGCUUGCUUAUGUUUGGGUGUGUGAGUGCGCUUGUGUUUGUGACUUUGUUACUUUUACACCAGCAGCAGCAGCAGCUGCUGCCACCACCUCCACAAAGUCUCACACAGCCUCGAGCCGAUCAUUUUCUUCUUCUUCUUCUUCUUCUCUUCCAUCUGACUGGCUUGUUUGCCAAUGCACCUGGCCAUCCAAGGCAUCACUUUCACCGUCCAUCGACAUUGUAUCGACCGCACACGCACAAGCAACUGUAACGGAGGAGACCUUUCUGGUUCCACAACCCUUCGCAGCAAUCGAGCAGAAACAACAACUCCUCGCAUCUGCCUGACAAGAUGCCGACCGCACGGCCACCGUCCGAUAUGGACACCGUGCCACUCGUGAACAAGGACGACGACAACGUGCGUGCCAUCGACAACUACCUCGUCCCGGAUGACCAUGUGGUCAAGGUACCCGCGUCCAAGCUCGGCGCCGACGACGACAAUUACACCAGCACCACCGCCGCCGUCAGCACCGCCAGCGGUAGCAGGAGCAAGCGCUUGGGCGUGGUGGGCGUUGCGCUGGGCUUCCUGGGCGUGCUCAUCUUUGCCAUCAUCGUGGCCACGUCCCUCAUCGCCCUCAUGAACAGCGCCAGCCUCAAGGACACCGCCGUUCACUCCAUGGACAUCUACAUCAUGGAUCCCAGUCCCGACGGAAACAGCGACAACAACAGCGGCGGCAGUGGUCAUACAUCUUCCUCCUCCUCCUCCUCCUCCUCCUCCGCCUCCUCCUCCUCCUCCUCCUCCUCCUCCUCCUCCUCCUCCUCCUCCUCCUCCUUCUCCUCCUCCUCCUCCUCCUCAUCAUCAUCAUCAUCAUCAACAUCGUCUUCUUCGUCGUCGGAGCCACGAGCGUUUGCAUCGGCGCUGCCCUCGACAGUUCCAACACCAGACAACGCAGAUGUCGUGGUGGCCAUGAGCCUCGCACUGCCCACCAUUGCCAGCAUGCAUGCCGUGUACCUCGACGACAUGACCUGCACCGUCUUCGCCGAUGGCCAGCAGCUGGCGCGCGCGUCCACGCCGCAGCUGGGCAGGCUUGGCGACCCCCACGUGUCGUUCAACCUCAGCAUGCUCGCCACAAACCAGGACCUGCUGGGCCGCCUGCGCUCUGUGCUGCUCACAGACAACAUCGCCCCGAUGACCACCCCUGCCCCCAAUGCCUCAGCAGCAGGUGAUGGUGGCGCUGGCGCAGUGCCCGUGUUCACGGCAGCCUGCGGCGUCACCACGCGUGUGCGGCUCUUUGGCACCAUCUCGACCGGCAGCUUUGUGAUCCAGCGCACCUUCAACAUCACCGACACGCUGAUCAAUGCUGCACAGUCCAUCAGUGACCGCGCUGCUGCUACCAACGAGAACAUUGACAGCGCCAUGGGUGCAGGCCACACCGCCAGCACCGGCACGCACGAUGAGCAGGAAGCACAGCACCCGCUGCUGCUGUAUGUCCGCGGCCUUCUCUCGAACUCGUCAUGGACCCCUGUGAAGCUCGGAUCGGUGCCUGCAAGCAUCCUGCGGCAGACCAUGCCCGUUGCCAACAUCACCGUGCACCUCCCGCCCACCGCGUUUCUCUUCUGGACACAGACGCCGCUCUCGUCAGCAUCAUCAUCGUCAGCAUCAUCGUCAUCAUCGUCGUCAGCGCCCAACAUGCCGAGCCACUUGGCGGUGUUUGGCCCCGUUGCGCCCUGUCGCAUUGGCGAGGAUGUGGUGGUGGUUGGCUUUCACCGCAACAGCGUGCCCAUUGUCCGUGGCGGGCGCCUGAAGACGAGCAUGCGCCUCAAGGUGCUGUCCUCCGCCACGGAGCUGGAUGUCGUCGGCAACAACGCGUCGACACAGCUGCUGUCGCGCCUCGAUGCACGCGGCUCUGACGGUGGCAGGGGCUUGCUGUCCCUGCUUGGCUUCCACCUCGCCUCCUCCCUCAUCAAGGCGCAGUCGACAUCGUACUUCCGCUCCGCCAACACCCACGACAACCUCCUCACCUUCCUCCUGGGCCACUUCCAGCUCGCACACAUGAGCACCACCACACGCAGCAGCACCACCACCACCACCACGAUUACGCCUUCGUCGCCCAACGCACCCCCACCACCGCCACCAUCAUCUUCAUCAUCAAACAGUGACGACAGCAGCAGCAGCAGCAGUGGUCGGCGCCGACGCCUUGUGCUGGACGAGGACAAGUGGGCCUACACAGCGCUGUAUGUGGAGGUGCGCGUGUACGAUACACUCGACGGGCAGGCGCAGGGCGGCCUGUCCGCCAACGUCACGCUGGCACAGGGCACCGGUGGUGUUGUUGAGCACGACAUGCACGCCACCCUCGGCGCCGCGCUGUCGUUCCACGGGAAGCUGCAGGCGAGCGUGGCCGGCGCUGUCGACUUCAACGACAACGACAAGACGAUGAGCAUUGCAGGGGAGGUGGAGACGCCCCAGUACCCGGCGGCGUGGGUCGCGGUGGACACGUGGUGGACGUGGUGGGAGGACGGCGACGCGCUGCACAUCAACACCACACACACGACCACGUUUAUGGAGAAUGGCGACGAGGCGAGCGGGCUGCUGCGCAUCCAGGCUGACAAGGCAAGCAACGAGCUCUUUGUGCACCACACGAUGACGAGUGACCGCGGGUUUGACACGACGAUGCAGGUGCUGCGCGCCAACGCAUCUACCCGCGACACGCGCGACUACCACAUCCUGGAGGUGACGGUGAGCGAGGCCGCGGUGGCGGUGGACGAGGAGAGCAAGCUUGCGCUGGACGAGUGGCGUGGCAUGUUGCUGCAGGUGGCACGCGCCAACAGCAGCAGCGGCGCGCACGCCAUCCUCAUGACCAUCGACGCCGACCUGUCUGGCGUGGCGCUGGGCGGACCAACCACGUUCACCGCGCAGCUGUGGUCGGACGACGGCAGCACCAUCGUCAUGGACGCGGAGCUGAGCGGCGGCACCAACGCCCUCCUCACGUGGCACUCCAACGUCACCACCAGCGACACGCCCCAGUAUGACGUCAUCGACUUUGACGUGACGCAGCUCGGCCUGUACGCGGACGGCGACCCCAUCGUGGCCGUGGACACGUGGCACCGUUUCCGUGUGAUGACGGUCAAGGGCGGCGUGUUUGACGUGGGCACGCGCGAGCUGGUGGUGUCUGUGCUGGUUGACUUUGAGGGCAGCGCACUGCCGCAGGACGCCGCCACGCUCGUCGCUGAUGUCAGCGGCAACGGUGAAGUGAUUGACAUUGACGUUGCUGCCGUGGGCGACAACACGCUCAACAUGACGUGGCACUCCAACGCCACGGCGGCGGAGGACGCAGACUACGACAUUUUCCUCUUUGAGCUCCCGCGUGCCGGCUUCUACUGGAACGACGAUGCCGUGUUUGCGGUCGACACCUGGCACCAGUUUGUCAUCAAGAGCCUCAAGUCGGGUGGUGGUGGUGCUGGUGACGACCUGAACGACUUUGAGGCGUGGGUGCUGUUUGACAUGGAGGUUGGCGAUGAGGUCGCUGCGAUCAGCUUUGGUGCGUGGUACAACGACGGCGUGGUGUCGCUCAACACGUCGUGGGCAGGCACGGACGCGCUGCUGUUUGCACUGCACGUCAACGCCACCAGCACAGAAGAUGCAGACUACGACAUCUUCCUCCUGGACAUGCCGCGUGCCGGCUUCUACUGGAACGACGACGCCGUGUUUGCCGUCGACACCUGGCAUCAGUUUGUCAUCAAGUCUGUCAAAGUUGACACGGACGACCUCAACGACUUUGAGGCGUGGGUGCUGUUUGACAUGGAGAUUGGCGAUGAGGUUGGCACAAUCACCUUCGAGGAAUGGUACAACAACGACGUCCUCUCUUUCAACCUCUCAUGGGCCGGUGUGGACACACUGCUGUUGACCGUGCACGCCAACGCCACCAGCACAGAAGAUGCAGACUACGACAUCUUCCUCCUGGACAUGCCGCGUGCCGGCUUCUACUGGAACGAUGAUGCCUUCUUUGCGGUGACAGACUGGAGCGAGGGCACGAUCAAGACCCUCAAAGCCGGCAGCAGUGCUGCGCUGAACGACUUUGAGGCGUGGGUGCUGUUUGACAUGGAGGUUGGCGAUGAGGUUGGCACUUUUGCGUUUGAGGAAUGGUACAACGGCGGUGUUCUGUCGUUCAACUCAUCGUGGACUGGCACGGACACAGUGCUGUGCACCGUGCACGCCAACGCCACCAGCACGGAGAACGCAGACUACGACAUCUAUCUCCUCGACAUGCCACGUGCCGGCGUCUACCGCAACGGCGAUGCCGUGUUUGCUGUCAAGGACUGGGACCACUUUGAGGUGUGGUCGGUGAAGAGCGGAGGCACACCCUCGCCCAACGACGUGGUUGCGUCGUUCCUGGUCACGCUGGAGGGCGACCUGGUGCCCAAGGGCGAGAUGAGCGAGGAUUUCCACAUGGCAUCGCGCGACAACAGCUUCAACAUGACGUCCACUGUUGGGUUCCCCGCAUCCUCGCUCACCCUCGUUGUGAUGCGACAGGAGGUGGACAGCCACAACUACGUAACCUUUGAUGUCACCCGUCACCUGCACGGGAUUGCUGUGCCGGAGGCGUUGGAGGACUGGCACGCGGACCUGGCCCUGGACCUGUACGAUGAUGGCCUGGGCAACUGCCACUUUGCCAACGUGACCGAUUUUGUGUUCAUGCAUGACCUCACGCGCGUAUUUGUUGUGCACCCGCACUCGCUGCUGCACCUCUGCGAUGACACGCGCACGCUCGGGAUUGACCUGCUGUUUGCCGUGACCACGCUCGGUGGCGCCGGCGGUGACGUCGGUGCUGUGGCCAUGGUGCUGGACGCAGACUUUGAUGACGCAGACAGCAGUGGUGGUGGUGGUGGCGAUGACUUGCGUGCAAGCAUCUCGCUUGGCCACUCGAUGGUGCGACGCCCGGAGGAGGGGCCCGUGCAGGCGUGCGGUGUCCUGACGGGCGAUGGGGAUGGCGUGGACGCAACGGUGGAGGUGUGCGAGUAUGUGACAGACUCGUCCGAGGCUGAGGUCGCGGACGGCAGCGCGCGUCUGUUCUUCCAGGAGACCAUGGGCAUCGAGAGCACAGGCAUGAACAUGACGUGGUCGCUCUCGGGCCUCCUGUUUGCCACCUCGGCUGGCUCAACCCUGCCAACCGUGCCCACCAUCUCCACGACAUCGUCAUCAUCAUCGUCAUCAUCAUCGUCAUCGUCACCACCAGCAUCGUCCUCGUCGUCAAUGUCAACCAGCUCCUCUUCCACUUCGACGGCUCCGAUUGCGACGAGCAACGAGACAACGACACCGCCAAUCUUCACUAGCAGCAGCAGCAGCGGGCCGACGACCACAACCACCACCACCACCACCACAACUACAACCACAACUACAACAACGGAGGCCGAGACGACUGUCGCAACGACGACCACCGCCACGACCACAACGACGCCCAAGAAGAAGCUGCGUGCGGUGAAGCUCAAGUUUGUGUUCCUGAAGGAUUUCAGCGAGUGGACGACGGAGGCCGAGAACGGCACGGACAGCGACGAGUACAAGGCGCGCUACGAUCUCUGGCAGAAUCUCCUCAACGAGGGGCUGCUCGACCUGCUGUUGUCGCAAGUGAUCAGCGAGGGCGCGCAGGAAGGCAGUGUCGUGUGGAAUGCGCGCGUUGAGGAUCGUGAGAAGGAGGACGUGGACGUCAUCAAGACAUCCGUCAUGAAGCAAGGCGUCACAUUCGCCUCUCUCGGCCAAGGAACCGUCCAAGGCGACGUUGUGGAUGACGACGGCAGCGACGACACUGGUGUGAUUGUUGGAGCGGUGCUCGGCACGAUUGCCGGCGUUGCGCUGAUUGCGCUCAUCUUUGUUCUCUACAACCGACGUGGGCAGCGCGAAGAGGAGGAGGCCGCCGAGAAGAAGCACGAAGAGGAGCUGAAGCAGCAGCACCAUCACGAGCAGCAACACCACCACCGCCCGCACGAGCGCCGACACAACGUGUACGAGGCGCCCGCUGCUGUUACGGGCGACAAGACAGACAAGAGCAGGCAGCGGCCAGGGGAAUACCACCUCGAACACCACCACCGGGCAGUGGAGGUGGAGGUGUGA